AACAGCUAUUUGUUUAAUUGAGGUCGUUGCCUGAAAACUUCUCUGUGCCUCCCUCAGACUGCCGCACUCCCGGAGAGAGGAAUUGGCUGUGGGGAACUCUGGAGCCUGGAGGACAUCUUAAUCCCAGAUAGAAGCAGAGAACUACCAUGUGCACAGGGAAGUGUUCAAAGUGCAUUGGGAUCACUCUGCUCCCACUGGCAGCGUGUGCCAUAGUCUCCAACAUCCUCCUGUACUUCCCCAAUGGACAGGUUCUACAGCUCAGCGAGAUAACCGAUCUGGUCUGGUUUUUCCAUGGGAUUCUUGGAGCUGGGAUACUGGUUAUUUUGCCUGCAUUCAUGAUGCUGGGAGCAGGCGGAGCAAGAUGUUGCGCUAACAGGUGUGGGAUGUUGCUGUCAGUGAUCCUGUCUUUGCUGGGAUUUGCAGGAGGAGCAUACUGUGCCGUUAUCUCUACACUAGGGCUGAUUGCGGGCCCUCUGUGUGACACGGGUGAUGGAGAGUACCUCUACCCUUUCAGGAACGACACUCUGGAAGACAAUUAUUUGUUCAACCAGACGACAUGGAACAUUUGCAAAGAACCUGAAAACAUCAUCCUUUGGAACACCAUCCUGUUCUCUAUUCUCCUGGCCAUUGGCGUGAUUGAAGCUAUUCUUUGUUUUAUUCAAGUCAUUGGUGGACUUACCGGCUUCAUAUGUGGCACGUGUAUGAGGAGAAGAAAGACAAAUAUUUCUGGAAUGUGAAUGAUCUACAGGGGAUGCCAAGAGAAGCCUUGAGAUGCCAAUGCCAAUAAGGAUAGUGAACUGUGCUGUAUUUAUAGGGGAGAUGACAAAGAAAACCUAAAAUAUUUAGGAGUUUCAUGGGUCUAAAUGUCUUUUUUAUGAAGAAGUUAGUGUGGAAAGAGGCUAGAUCAUUUAUAUCUGAGACUCCAAAUUUUCAUCUCUCUAAAUAUUCCUUCUAAAUCUCAGAUACUGGCAAAAUAGUAAUCUGUCUGGUCCUGACUGCUGUACUUGUGCAUGAAACACAAGGGCCCCCAAGUCCCUUCGACCUCUUGUGUAUAUGGGAAACUGAACCACUAUUAAUGUGUACAUUUAUCAACUGCACAAAGGAGGCACUCUGGCUGGUUGUAAAUAAUAUCCCACCCCUCCAAAUUCCACCUUGAGCUCACUUGUCUGGUCCUGUUAACUAAUUGGGCAUUUACAGAUUUAAAUCAGGAUGCGCAGAUAAUAUUUAGAGUGGCAUUUGCAACACCGCAGAGGCAAUUGAAGCACAUGGUUUUCAGCCUCCUGCAGCCACCCUGGAGCCAAAUCCCCUUGCACUCAUUUAGUAGCUUGCUGUCGUGUUUGACAAAGUCCAGUGCAAUUUUAAAUCAGUUCUUUAGGAGUAUCCGAGAGAUGUGGCAGUCCUAGAGGGGCAUUUGAGUCAACAAAGACAGGAGGGUUUAUAGCAAGAAUUUAGCAACGUCAUUUUAGCAAAAAGGAGGAGAAACUCAGCACCAGCUUUGCCCUUGCCAGUUUGGAUAAGAGUCUCACUAAUUUCCACGUAGGGCUGUUCUAGGAUAGAUCACAUGGACAAGCAAUUAACUGGCAAAGAUAAACAUUAAAUUGAUAAAGAUAGCAAUUAGGUGCAGCUUAGUAACAAAUAAGAGAUAGAAUCUGAAAGGCAACUAAUUGCAUCAGUCUUAGUGUUACAGCAACAGUAAUCCCAGCCAGGAACUGCAUAAAUCUCCAUCAUCACUCCAGAUCAAGCCCUUGAUGCUAAAGUCCAUGACUGGCAAAUUUCAGAAGCCAAAUCAUUUCAGCAACUUCCUCAAAGAUUAAUUCUUGGACAUGCUGCUGGCUUCUUUGAGUCAGCCAAACUGUAAGACAAUCUUUACCCACCCUGAACGUAUGCAUGCAGUUAUGCAAAUCUGAAUAUAGUUAAAGAACUUGAAGUCUACUUUUUAAAGAAGAAGACACAUUUAUGUUUUCUCAGUCAAAGGCGGCUCAUAUUUCUGCACUGCAGUACGAGAUCAAGUUAUUUGAACGCAGUUAUCACACGUGGUUUUUUGAGAUGUCAUCUAAUGCAGCAGACAAAAUAUUUUGUAUAAAUGUCCCAUUUGUACAAAAUGAGUAAGAAAAUACCAGCUACUUUAAGAUGAGGAGCACACGUACACUUUCUUGGAGCAUAGCUGCAACCCUAGAAGAAGGAAAUUUGAGUCAUAAAACUUAAGAAUUCCUUCUGAAAAAAAAAAGCGCAUAACAUUGUUGAAAUAUUCAACCAUGACUAGGUGCAUCCAAACCUGCCAGGUGGCUUAGAAGUUCAUGUUCAUUGUCAACAGUGAAGCAUGGAUAGCACUGCCAUAUAAAGCAGGCGUCAAAAUAAAGCCAACUGAUUCCAAAAGAGUCGAAGUGGCAGCUCGAAGUAAGGAUAUUCAGCCUGUAGUCAGACAGUGAGAGACUCCUUCAUCAGCAGAGGGGCUCUGUGAGCUAUUCAUGGUCCCUAAAUAUCACCCCUGUCCUCAUCCUUAGUUUUGUCUCCCUGACCCAUCUGCAUGUUAAAGCCAACAUGGGCUGUGCCAUCAUGAGGAGAGGGAAAAGUACCUACUGGCCCACAUCAACUCCAUCAUGGGAAAAUAAAUGUACUAUACUGCUGCCACCUACUUGUACUGAGUUGCCCUGCCCUGGGGAUGUUCAAUGUCAUGUCUGUGUUCUUACGGGGAUACCCUCUGUCCUCCUAAGUGUGCAAUCACUGGCCUCACCGAUAUAUUAAAUAUAGUUAUU